AGAAGAAGAAACCUCAUGCAGGUUAUAAAUUGUUAGCUGUUAACCUAGAUAUUUCUGAAUAUUUACUGAAAUUCAUACAUACAUUUAUUUCGGUUUUUGAAAAUGGCCGACGAAGAAUUCGAUGAUAACGAUGUGGGAGACGAUUUUGACGAUGACGUUGAAGAUGACAACAUCGAGGAGUUGGAGCAACCCGAAGAAGAUGGAGACAAUAUCGAUAUUCUGGCACCCGGACAAGCAGGUGGAGGAGUGCCCAAAGAGAAACGAAUCACGACGAAAUACAUGACCAAAUAUGAACGGGCUCGUGUUUUGGGGACGAGAGCUUUACAGAUAGCAAUGUGCGCCCCCGUCAUGGUAGAAUUGGAUGGCGAGACAGAUCCUCUGCAAAUCGCAAUGAAGGAAUUGAAGCAGCGUAAAAUUCCCAUCAUUAUACGAAGAUACUUGCCCGACCAUUCAUAUGAGGACUGGGGAAUUGAUGAACUCAUCAUAAUUGAUCACUAAAUGAUAGUUUUAUAUUUAGCAUGUAAGUGAUUUUGUGAAAGUUACAAUAAAUGAUAUAUUUUAUUA